AUGUCAGGGAUCACAACACUUGGAGCCCUGAUCGCGAUACCACACAUUCCUGAAAAUUUGGGCCUAAUCGACACCGACACCCCCAGUAACGUGUUUACCAAGCCCUCUUGGAAUGGUGGGCCGGACUUGCAGCUCGUCUUUUCUGACGAGUUCAACACUCCAGGAACAACAUUCUGGCCAGGCGAUGAUCCAUACUGGGAGGCGCAAACGAACAACCUGGAGUGGUAUGACCCCGAAGCGAUCACCACACGAGAUGCACAUAACCUAAACUAUCAGGGCGGUGAGAACAAAUUCUGUUUCACCGGUGGAUACAUCGAAGCGUCCGUCUCAUUGCCUGGUGUGAACAACGUAGUUAGAUUAUGGUCCGCUAUCUGGACACUAGGAGAUCUUGGUCGAGCCGGCUAUGGCGCAAGCUUGGAAGCGAUGUGGCCAUAUACCUACAACGCCUGUGUCGUCGGUACUGCACCAAAUCAAACCUUUAACGGCCUUCCGCUCGCGGCUACUCAAGGCAGGGUCUUGUCUUUCCUCCCUGGCCAGCGGCUCUCGCGGUGCACUUGCAAAGGCAAGUCUCACCCAGGUCCUCUGCAUUCAGAUGGGACAUUCGUCGGACGUGCCGCUCCUGAUGUCGACAUGUUCGAGGCACAGAUCACGGGUGUCCCUCUUACAGGUCAGGUUUCCCAGUCAGCACAAUGGGCUCCUUUCAACGCUGGUUGCAUCUGGCUAAACACAAGCAGUAACGAAAUAAUACCAAACCCGUCGGCCACAGUUCUAAAUACCUACCAGCAGGCUACCUCCGGCGUGACAACCACAAAUCAAGAUCGCUAUGAGGGUGAGACAGGGUGCUUUUUGGUGUAUGAUUUCGAGUAUGUUCCUGGCUUUGAAAACGCGUACAUAACAUGGAUAGCCAAUAACGAAGUUGCAUGGACCCUGAACGUUGCUGGCAUGGGACCGGAUCCUACUGUCAACGUCUCCGCUCGACCCAUACCGCAGGAGCCAAUGUACAUCAUCAUGAAUUUGGCAUAUACCAACCCAAACCUUACCACUUGGAAGAACGACUGUAAUCAACCUUUUCUCCAAGAACUCAUUCUUAGACCACAUAUUAUCCGUACAAGAAAUAAGACAAUUCAUACACCUGCAAACUUUGAUGGCUCGCUCCAAGUGCGCGGUAUCCCUAUGCCGGGUAAAAACGAGCGUCUGUUGAGAACGAGACCUUUGAGUACGCGUAUCUCACAGCAAAUUUCGUCCACAUCGGUGUUAUUUGUCGUGAGCGAGUUGCCGAUGCUGCGCAUGUGGGUCCCGAACGCAUAUGUUUGGGUGGCGAUGUACCCGGUGAAAUCUGCGAGUGUUUAA